AGAAAACGGGAAGUUCAGUCCGUUGAGGCUUAGAUUCCUCAGAGUCACUCGAAGACUCCUCGUAGGAAGUCGGCACUCACGCUCUCCUGACAAAACCGCCCGUUUUUGCAGUAUAUUCUGUCUCCCUCUUUGUGCAAAAGGGAUAGUGAGGGCCUUCUUACGAUCUUUCCAUCUGUUACAUUCUCCGAUAUCCUGACACCUCGGGUAAUCAGCUGCCGUGGCACGACCAACGAUGAAUUACAUUCAGUUAGAGAAACUUGGCGAGGGUACAUACGCCACCGUGUACAAAGGUCGUUCACGAACGACCAAUGAGAUCGUUGCGCUCAAGGAGAUACAUCUCGAUGCAGAGGAGGGAACACCGUCCACUGCCAUCCGUGAGAUUUCCCUCAUGAAAGAACUCAAGCAUGUCAACAUCGUCCGCCUCCACGAUGUCAUACACACGGAGACAAAACUUGUCCUUAUCUUCGAAUACUGUGACCAAGAUCUCAAGAAGUAUAUGGACCAGCACGGCGAUCGCGGAGCGCUUGACCCUAUGACCGUGCGAAGUUUCAUGUACCAGCUCCUCAAGGGCACAUCAUUUUGCCACGAGAACAGGGUACUGCAUCGGGACCUGAAGCCUCAGAACCUUCUUAUCAAUCGCAAGGGCGAGCUCAAACUCGGUGACUUUGGUCUAGCACGCGCAUUUGGCGUGCCAGUGAACACAUUUUCCAACGAGGUCGUCACACUAUGGUAUCGUGCACCAGAUGUACUUCUUGGAUCGCGCACGUACAACACGUCGAUUGAUGUUUGGUCGUGCGGUUGCAUCUUCGCGGAGAUGAUCUCUGGAGUGCCUCUUUUCCGCGGCCGUGAUAACCAAGAUCAGUUACUUCAUAUCAUGCGCAUUGUCGGCACGCCGGAUGAUCGAGUUCUGAGGAAGAUAGCGACUGAAUCGCCCGAAAUUACCCUAAAGCAAUACCCAAGAUACCCAAAGAUCUCAUUUGCCCAAGUGCUUCCCAAGGCCUCUCCACAAGCCCUCGACUUACUUGAACGCCUACUCCAAUUUGAUCCUGCCAAGCGUAUGACGGCCACUGAAGCCCUUUCGCACCCCUACUUUACAUCCACCGUGGCCCCUACCUACGGCCCGAGUUCAACUCCAGGGUCGAUGGCACCCCCUCAAUUCAAUUUUCCUCACCCUCAUCCUCACGCACAGCAACAGCAACAACAGCAACAGCAGCAACAGCAGACUCAACAGCAGCAACCUCACAAUCCAAUCCCUCCACCAGGGUCGUCUCAAAUCUCUAUAACGCCGUCGUCAGUUUACCCACACGGUCAGCAGCCCAUGUACAGCACUCAGGACGCUGCAAGGAUGCAGGCGCAAGUUCAAGCCCAAGCGCAGGCGCAGGCAAUAGCACAGGCUCAGGCUCAGGCUCAGGCACAUGCCCACGCACAAGCACAAGCACAAGUUCAUAUGAAUCAACAGGUCGCGCCUGGAUACCCUGGAGGGUUUCCUGCGCAGUAUCAGCAACAUCCACGAUAGUUCAUUCUAACUCAUGGAAUGGUCUAGAAAAUUUUGAUAAUUGAGGUUUCGCCCCUUUUUCUUGGGCUUUGUUCCUGUUUUAUAUAUCAUGACCCCGGGGACGGAAGAAUGUUGUAAUCACUAGUCUUGUAACACGGAUGUGGCACCUGUUUUCACGUUUCGUUCACGGAGGAGUUAACGUUUGGCGGUUGAAAUAGAGGAGCAGUGGGCGAUGUGACUCCACAAGGAGAGGUUCCAAAUGAGAGUUGCCCUUUGUAAUUCAAACACCCUUGUCUCUGGAGGAUCAUCAUCUGAGUACCAGGCAGAGGAUAGCCCCAAAAAUCGACCACACGCGACAUUCUAUGAAAGGGCUUUGAGCUCAUUUUGUUUCCGGGG